UUGAAGCCAGGCAGUCCAGGCAGGGGAACAGAGCAGAGCUGUCUGCGGGGGAUGUACAGCGGGAGUGAUAGUCUGUGCUCUGCCCGGGAUAUCCUGCGAGCCUCCGCGUCCCCCUGUGAGCGACCAUCUGCCUGGAAGUGUAAAGGAUCGGGACCCCUAUACAGGACACAGGAGCCCCUUAUCAGGAGUACCGUCACCUCGCAGCUGGUUGUGCUCUUCCCGAUGAUCACCCCUUUAUCUGCUGCGCCCCCAGACAUGGAAGGAUCAGUGAUCGCUCCCGUGUAACUCCUCAUCAUCAUCAGCGGCUCAUUGGUGGCGAUCAGCCUGUCAUCCUCGGCUGUGACAGUACAGUGCGGAUUAUAACAUGCAGCCCCGGACUGGAAGGAGUCUCCUGCAGGAUCUCAGCCUCCUUCUUCUUCUCCUGGGAUGUUGUCUGGCGUCCAGGACCCCCUGUCCCACCAGGUGCAGCUGCACUGGGGAUAUGGUAGACUGCAGCAACCUGGGGCUCACAGAGGUGCCCACUGACCUGCCAGCAUGGGCAACCCACCUAAACCUGAGCCACAACAAGCUGAAGGAGAUCGAUCUGGCUGCCUUUGUGGAGCUGCAAGGUCUACGGGAAGUGCAACUGGGCUACAAUGAGCUAAGUGUCUUUCCUUCUCUUGGAUCUGCCUCCUCACAUGUCAUCAGCCUUUCACUGCAUCACAAUAAGAUUCGUAAUAUUGAGCAGAGAGACUUGAUCCCAUACACAUCACUAGAGACCCUGGACCUGAGCUCUAAUGAAAUUACAGAAAUCCGAAGCGGUUUAUUUCCUUUACGUCUUAAUAUAAAGGACCUCAACCUGGGGAGCAACAAGCUGAGCAGCCUGGAGUCUGGAUCAUUUGACAACCUGUCACGGUCUCUGCUUACACUUCGUCUGAGCAAAAACAGAAUCUCGCAGCUUCCUGUCAGAGCGUUUCGGCUCCCCUUACUAACCCAACUGGAACUCAAUCGGAAUCGGAUUCGCCUGAUAGAAGGACUCACGUUCCAGGGACUGGACAGCUUGGAAGUUUUAAAGUUACAACGCAACAAUAUCAGCAAACUCACUGAUGGGGCCUUCUGGGGCCUUGCAAGGAUGCAGGUUCUACAUCUGGAACAUAACAGCUUGACAGAAGUGAACAGCGGAUCGCUUUACGGGCUCAAGUCUCUACAGCAACUUUACCUCAGCAAUAACUCCAUAUCCAAAAUCAGCUCCGGAGGCUGGAGCUUCUGCCAGAAAUUACAAGAGCUUGUCCUGUCUCAUAAUAACCUCACCCGCUUAGAUGAGGGAAGCCUUGCAGAUCUCGGCUCUCUGACUGUCCUGCGUCUCAGCCAUAAUUCUAUAAAUCUCAUUGCUGAGGGGGCAUUUAAAGGGCUCCAGAAGUUGCGUUUAUUGGAACUGGAUCAUAAUGAGAUCUCGGGCACAAUAGAGGAUACGAAUGGGGCCUUUCGAGGCCUGGACAGCCUAAACAAGCUAUCUCUGUUUGGAAACAAGAUCAAGUCGGUGGCCAGAAACGCUUUCUCAGGCUUGGGGGCCCUGGAGCACCUAAACCUAGGCGGUAAUGCCAUGCGGUCAGUUCAGGCUGAGGCAUUUGGAGAAAUGAAGAUGCUGAAAGAGCUGUACAUAACUAGUGAGAGCUUCUUAUGUGAUUGUCAUCUCAAGUGGCUUCCUUCAUGGCUGACCACCAGAAAGCUGCAGUCCAAUGUGGAAGCUCUUUGUGCCCAUCCAGAGUCCAUACAGAACAAGAGCAUCUUCAGUGUCCCUGCCCGGAGCUUUGUGUGUGACGACCUACCGAAGCCACAUAUCACAGUGCACCCGGAGAAGACCAUGGCAGUGGUUGGGAAGGACAUACGCUUCUCCUGUUCUGCUGCCAGCAGUAGCAGUUCUCCAAUGACUUUUGUGUGGAAGAAGGAUAACGAAAUUUUGCAUAACGUGGAAACUGAGAACGUUGCCAGUGUCCGAGAGAAGGAUGGAGAUGUAAUGGUUUACACCACAAUUCUGCAUAUACGCAAUGUGACUUUUGAACAUGAAGGACAAUACCAGUGCAUCAUCACCAACCAUUUUGGGUCUACUUACUCCAAUAAAGCUGGAAUGACUGUAAAUGUCCUGCCAUCCUUCACCAAGACUCCACGAGAUAACACCAUAAGGACGGGCACCACCGCCAGGCUGGAGUGUGCAGCAGAUGGGCACCCCACCCCUGAAAUAGCCUGGCAGAAAGAUGGGGGCACCGAUUUCCCUGCUGCCCGUGAACGCCGCAUGCACGUCAUGCCGGAUGAUGACGUCUUCUUCAUUACAGACGUUAAGAUUGAGGAUAUGGGGGUUUACAGCUGCACAGCGCAAAACUCUGCGGGAUCUGUUUCUGCAAAUGCCACAUUAACAAUACUUGAGAUGCCAUUUCUGGCACAUCCACUAGAGGACCGCACCGUUUCAGCAGGGGCUACGUUAGCAUUACAGUGUAAAGCCAAUGGGAGUCCUCCUCCCCGUAUUACAUGGCUUAAAGGGGACGAGCCCCUUAUUAUGACAGAAAGGCACCAUUUUACUCCUGGGAACCAGCUUCUUAUCAUACGUAACGUGGUCCAGGAAGACGCUGGAAAAUAUACUUGUGAGAUGUCAAACACUCUAGGAACUGAAAGAGCUUAUAGCCAAGUCAGCAUAUUCCCCACCUCCGGCUGCGUGUUGGAGUCCAGCAAGAUGGAGGGAACCAUGACGUUUGGCAUCAUCACAAUCGCUGUGGUGUGUAGUAUUGUGCUGACCUCGCUGGUUUGGGUGUGUAUUAUCUACCAAACCAGGAAGAAGAGCGAGGAGUACAGCGUGACAAACACAGAUGAAACCAUUGUGCCCCCAGAUGUGCCAAGCUAUUUAUCUUCACAAGGAAUCUGUUCUAGUGAUGGCAUUGGAAACACUGAUGUUGAGGGGUGUAACGUGGGGUACAGACAACCAAGACUUUGCUUAGGAUGCAACUCGGAUGAACCUUGUAAAACAUCUGAAGGAUUGUUCUCAACAGACAAUAACGGAUAUGGAUACCAGGUGGUAUGUACAGACUGCUUGGAGGGCCGAGCAAUGUACAGCAAAGACCCCGACUACUGCCCCCAGCCAUUACCAUCUAUAGACUGCUCCUAUGGAAAGCCCCAAAGCAACCAGGACAGCUACAGGAAUGGCAUCGACCAUUCCCACCUGCCCCAUUGCCAGCAAAACUACAGCAAAAUGGACAUUAAUGACUUUGUGUAUCCCAGCAACCAUGAAAGGGUUCCUCUCUUCAGUGAGCAGAGACCACAAGUGUUGGUUUCUGAUGCACAAGGUUCACAUCUGGAGCCAAUACUCCAGUCACAUGACCAGGAGACAUAUCGGCAGUCUCCAGUCCCGGACUGUUUAACGCAGCCAUCAUCACACAUAAGUGAUCCUCUACAAGAGGCCAAAUUGACUGUGCUCUCCAAUGGACACAUCACGUCACCGCCGCUUUUCGAGCAUCGGCCACACAUCGGAUCAUGUGAUUCCAAGUGACUCUUCUGUGCAAGUAAUUAGAAAGGACUUUGAAUUUUGCACUGAACCGGCAAAGAUCUUGCUACCUCAACUCCUAAACUUACCAUUUAGGGGGACAUCCGAAAAUGAGGUACAAAGAGUGGGUGUAGAAUCCAACCCGAUCGUCGCUGGGAUGGGAUUUUACAGACUUCUAAAGUGUUGGUAGCUCAAACGUCAGAUUGCAUUCAAUGCACAAAAAUGCAAAGGAAUUGUAAGUAGUAAAACAAAUAUGUAUUUGAUACAUUGUACAUAAGAGUUUUCAUAAAUAUAUAUAAAUAUGUAAAUAUCUAAAAGUUAGAUAUAUAAAUAUAUACAUAUAUGUUUUACAGAGUCUAUUUUGAUUGUUAGUGCAUGAGACGUUCUAGAACAGCUGUGAAAUGAGUCAGGGUUUUUCUUUUUUUUAUAAAAGAGAACAUAUUUGGAAAAUGAAUUAGGUGCCUUACUGCAUAUAAGAAUACAGGAUCAUUUACUGAUGGAGGUGGUACAGCUGCCUAGAAAUGUCUUCUUCAUGUGCUCUGUAUUUUAUGGAAAUGAGCCAUUGGCCGGUUACAUUUUAGUAUCUGUAUUAUAACCGCAGCACACGGAAGAUUGUUCUUUGUGUAGAUUCACAGGGAAGGAGGGUAUUGACAAUAAUAUGGACAAAACUAUUUGACCAAAGGAUUACAGUAAGGUGUGAUCCAGGGUUAGGAUAAAAAUAAACUAUAACAUCUAGAAACACGUCCGUAUACAGCAGCUGUCAUCUUCUGCUCCCCAAUAAAUUCCUGUCAAGUAAAGUGGCUUGCACAAAAAAAAAGAGGUAUAUUGCACUUAAAUGUUAUAUUUGCAUCUUCAUUUCAGACAUUCUACUUGGGGGUCAUGGGAUGAAGGAAGGUUUACAACAUGUUACAUUUCUAGAUCACAUUCCAAAAAAAUACAGAAAUUGUUUUGUUUUUACAAUUGGGUAACAAACUACCAUAAAUUUAGUAGAUGUGGUUUAUAGGUUAUACUGCGCUGACCUAUAGAAUAGAUAUGGCUCAUGUUCAAUCCCCACACUACUAGAACCCCUACAAAUGACAACCUUAGGGGUCUUCUCCCACAGAUCUGCCUAAAUCAUAAGUUACUGACCCUUCUUUUCAGUCCCAUAUGUUGCUAUUCUUUCCUCAUCACAUUAUUAUGGUUUGAAACUGGUGUGAAAUAAAAUAAAUCUCCUCUACAUUGCAUUAAGGGGUAUUCCACCCUAGACAUCUUAUCCAAAGGAUAGGGGUUAAGAUGUCUAAGCGCGGGAGUCCAGCCACUGGGGACCCCCACAAUCUCUCCUGCAGCCAGCGUUUGUUCAGAGUGUGGGGUGCAGCUCCAGAGGCUCGUGACAUCAUGACCACGCCCCCUUAAUGCAAGUCUAUGGAAGGGGGUGUGACUGCCUAUAUGCCCCUCCCAUAGACUUGCAUUCAGGGGGCAGGGCCCUGAUGUCACGAGCCUCUGCCCCACAUCGCUAGUCAUCUGGCACGCUCCAUGCACUGGAUGUCUGGGGUGCUGCAGCAGACAUCGCAGGGGUCCCCCGCAAUCGUUUGGAUAGGGGAUAAAAUGUCUAGAGGCGGAGUACUCCUUUAAUCCCUCAUACGUAAAGAUUUGCACUUUUGGACAUUAAGGUCCUCCUUCUUCUUGGUGUGAGGCUCUAUUCAGACCUCUUUGUUCAGUGUAUGCACCUGCAUGGCUCUUGAGGUGUAUCUCUAGGGCCUUGUGCACUGAGUACAUGCCAAAAAAGUGUUGGACAACUAGAUGUUAUUUUUUCUGUAGUCUGCUGCACUUUCCUAAACAAGAAAAAGAACAGAUCAGACAAAGGAAAAAAACAAGGUGUGAACAGAGCCUUAGCUUAGAAGAGGGUUAGCUUAGAAGGGGUUUUCCAAUGUGUCUUGGGAGCAUGUGGUGUCCUACCAAUCUUUAGGACUAGAGAUAAGUGAGAUUACAGUUCAAAUCACAGAAUCGGAAUCUCAAGCAGCGGCACUUGUUUUGUCUAGAAAAAGUAGUUCCGCUUCCUGAGUGUUCAGAUUCCCUUAAAGCCUGGAAAGAACAUAUUUUUCUAGACCAAACAAAUCGACCGCCGCCACUUCAGAUUCAAAUUUGGCGCUUGGUACUGCAAGUUUGCUCAUCUCCAUUUAGGAUCUAUGAUGGGAAGUAAUACUAGGAAUGGAAUCUACACUCAUUUUGCAUUCUAUGGGAAAAGCUAAUGUAAUGUGAAUGUUUACCUGGCACCCACUACUAUCGCUGUGAUCAAUGAAUGUUUUAUAGGAUAAUGUGAAGUGCUAAACAGAGAGUUGGCUUUGCUUCUUGCGAACUACGGCAGAUUUAGAGACAUUAUAUUCUUAGAAAAUUCUGGAAAAAAAUUAUAAAAAUAUAUAUUUGAGUAGCUUCAGUAUGCAAUUUUAUUUUAUACUGCAUAAAAAGCAUCAACCAUUAAAGACAACCUGUCAUUCCUUGGGGGGGGGGGGGGGUCUCUUCCUGUUGGGGUAUGGAGAGAGGGAUCAAUUAAAGUGUACCUGUCGUCAACAAAAACUUUUUAUAUAAUGUAGAUAAUACCAUUAUAUGUAUAUUUGUAAUAUACAUUGGUUAAAAAUUGUGUAUAUUUUUUGGUGAAAAAAUUCUGUCCCUGCAGCUAUUGUCUGUGAUGAGUCCAAAAACAGGAAGUGAGGGUGGGACAAGCAGGGCUCUGUGCAGGCUCUUGGCUUGUCAAUCAUCCUGAUGUAUGAGCCAGGGGCAUGUCAUGGAGCCUUUGUACACACUGUCCUGCUUUUUCUUAGUGCACAGAGCCCCGAUUGUCCACCCUCACUUCCUGUAUUUGGACUCCUCAUAGAUUAUCUACAUUAUAUAAAAAGUUUUUGUUGACGACAGGUACGGUACACUUACAUGCUGCCUGACUCACAAGUCAUCAUCCCCACCAGCCUUAAAGGGGUGCUCCACUGCCCCAGCAUUCAGAACAUUUUAUGAAUGCAGGCUGCAGAGGCUGUGACUUCAGUCACGCCCCCUCAAUGUAAGUCUAUGGGAGGGGGCGUGUCACAACCCCCGCAGCCUGCAUAUUCCGAAUGCUGGGGCAGUGGAGCACCCCUUUAAAGUGAUGACAGGUUCCUUUUAUAGGGGAAACCAAGUGUAAUUCAUCCGAUAUAUUACAGAUACAUGUGUAGAAGAUCAUUGGAGAUUUCUAUGAUUUAAAUCCACAAUGGAUAUGCAGAAUUAGAGAUAUUGCAUCACUUUGGCACCGGAGAUUUGACAUCUGUCUGAACUGCCACUGAUCUGAAUGAACCUUUCCUUAGGUUACCGGAAAGAGAAAUCUCUCAACAGGACCAAAGGGGUUUCCACUCCAUAGAGCCUUUUUUAAAUAGAAACCAAUGGUAUGCCAAGAUCAGGCUUUAGUAAUGUGACCUCACAUGUAUGUAUGACAUAUCAAACAAUCAUUUGGACUGGAUUUCCCCUUUGAGCCCACAGGAAUUUCAGCAAGCCUCCCCCCGGGGUAAAUUCUUAAAGUUAGAAAACUUAACAUAGGAAUUAGUAUCUUUACAUGGAGUUGAUCUUUGUAGAAUUUCAGCCUCAUGUCUUAUAUGGUGAAGGAAAGGGGCAGGUAAAAUUUAAAGGACAAGUGCCCCUAAUGCACAGAUGCAAUAAAGUAGCUACUAAUACCUUAGUAUUAAGGUACAAAGAAAAACACUGCAGCUGGCUGCAGAUUCUUCCCUAAUAAAAUGAACAGACUGACUUAUCACCUCAUCUGUACUGUCAUCUAUGCCGGUAAUAGUCUAGAUUACAAAUUUACUGUUUUGUUUAUGCAGCGAUAAAGACAUACUCCGGAGAAAAACAUUUUUUUUCAAAUCAACUGGUGCCAGAAAGUUAAAUAGAUUUGUAAAUGAUUUCUAUUUCCAGUCUGACCACAGUGCUCUCUGCUGCCACCUCUGUCCAUGUCAGGAACUGCUCAGAGCAGGAGAGUUCGCUAUGGGAAUUUGCUUCUACUCGGGACAUUUCCUGACACGAACAGAGUCAGUGUCAGCAGAGAGGACUGUAAAGACAACUUCCUCUGAAGCAUACAGCAGCUGAUAAGUACUGGAAGGAUUAAGAUUUUUAAUUAGAAGUAAUUUACAAAUCUGUUUAACUUUUUGGUACCAGAUGAUUUGUAAAUAUAUUUUUCCUCCAAAAUACACCUGUGGUCACAAAUUACCAACCCUGGUUUUAGUCUGACCUGCACUUACUGCCUUCCAUCAGUUCUGUCUUCAUUGGCGCUAUAUAAACAAAAUGGUAGAAAAAGUUUAUCAAAAUUGCUUCAGUGUUUGUUUUAUUUUUUUAUGCAUUGGAGCAACCGGAUGUAUAAAAUAAAAAAUUGGGGCAGUAAACUGUGUAACAUUAUAGCCGGUGCACUGUCGCAGCUUCUGCCUCUUAGCGCCACUUUUGCAAUGGCCGAGUGACAUGAUUGAUAAAUAAGGCUGCACACACUAACACUACGCCUUGCGUGGCCCUAGGUCUCUGUAGUAAACCUUUACUUAAAAUUCACAUUUUUUUUAAUGUAAGCUGAAGAAAUAAAUUUUUUAAGCUAAACAACCAUUUGCCACAUUUAACCAUUCAAUGUUACUUUGAAAUGUUACUUCCACGAAAACCAGAGGAAAUGCUGCUUCUGAGAGGCAAUGUGAAACGGAAGUAUUACUUUUAUGUAAAGUUAUUUAUUUAUAGACAGAUGUGGUACAAUGUAUAUUAAUAAAAGAAGUUUCUAACAAAGCACAUUGACGUGUCUACUAAACCCAGAGUUGUUUUUGUUGUUGAAAGAUCCGAGUUGGAAAAAAUAAAAACUUUAGAGAGAAA